AUGGAUUCUCAUGAGGAAGUUGCCUCGCCGACGUUGCUUGUGGCUCCUGCUGCGGAGAUUUCUGCGACGCCGUUCACGCCGGAGUUCUGUCGACGGCAUUCGCCGUUGAGUAGCCAUCCGCCUGUCAAUGAUGUGCCAAGUCCUGUCGACAGCAAUGCAUCUGGUGACUCCGAUGUGCCCAGCAUUCCUGACAGCAACGACGAAGACUUUAGCACAGAGCACGUCUCGAUGUCCAAAAAGGUCCAAGGUAGGCUCAAUCGUUUCGCGGCGCGUGCGAAGAGUUUCGUCAAGGGUGUCAACCACAAGGUCGACAUCAACUGA